UUUCCUCAAUCUCCUGCAUUCUGCCCUCUCUGCGAGCCCACAACCACCCUCUUACCGCGUCUGACUAGGAAACCACCCGCCAUGACCAGCUGGCAGGCGCUCAUGGCCCUUAGUGCCACGCACACCCAGCAGACAAAGGAGGCUGUCGAAUCCCAGCUCGCCGAACGACAACGACGGGAGGCCCAGAAACGCAAGGAGAUUGAGGAGAAGGAGAAGCGGGAGCGGGAGCUCGAGGCCAAGCUCCGUAUCAAACGCCUCGAGGAGCAGAAGAGGGAGCAGGAGCGUGCCGAACGCCUGGAACGGGAACGGCAGGCGAAGGAGCGGGAGAUGCAGCGGAGACUAGAGCAGGAGCGCGACGCCUUGCUCUAUGGGCCAAAGAAGGCGAAGGACAAGCACGGCUACCCCGUCUCGGGGGCGGGCAGGCGCAGACCUUCGGACGACGACGAACCCGGCCCUUCCAACGUUCUCACGCGCGAGGAGAAGCGACGGCGGGCACUGGAGAGGGAGCUGGGUCUCAGUCGGAGCUCGGCAAAACGGACGUCGGGUGGGAUUGCGACCAGGAAGCCCGGCAGGCGACUGCCUGGGGGUGCGGUGGAUAGCGUUGGGACGAUUUCCUCCUCCUCGUCGCAGACUUCCCCAGGCAAGGCGCAGUCGACGAAGGAGCGUCUCAAGUCCGAGCCGGCGAUGCUAAUCAAGCUGAACCAAAACAAACGCGAUACGAGGACUAUCGACGAGAUCAUGACCGACCGCGCAAAGAUGCGGCAGGGCAAGGUUCUCGAUGGCGAGUCCGCAAAGGAGUUCAACGAUUGGUUCGGCAAGGCGAAGAAAGACCCUCCGAAGAAGGCGUCCGUCCCUGCCACAUCUUCUUCCACGUCUCGAGCUAACACGCCUGCUGUCGCUGCGAGUGGUUCUGCAUCGCCUCGCCCUCUUUCCUCUGCACCUGUCAAGCCCAUCCCCAAGUCCACCCCUGCUUCCAAGUCCAGUGCUGCGGCGUUUGCGAAGGUCGGCAGCGCGACAAAGCCUCCCGUGUCCAAAGCAGCGAGCGCCAAGCCUGCUGCAGGCGUUUCUCGCAUGCCGCCUCCUUCCCACAAGACGCCUUUGUCAGCUCCGGCCGCCCGACCCACCCCGAAGAAACGUCGGUCGCCGUCGUCCAGCGUCUCACCGCCCCCUGCUAAGCGGCGCCCCGCCCCUGGUGGUUCCCGCCGCGGCGAUGAGGAUGAUGUCGAUAUCAGCAGUCAGAUCUGGAAGAUCUUCGGAAAGGACCGCUCUUCUUACAUCGAGCGUGACGUCUUCAGCGACGACGAGGACAUGGAGGCGGAUGCGUUUGAUGUCGAGCGGGAGGAGGCACGAAGCGCUCGGAUUGCGAAGAAGGAAGACGAGCUCGCAAUGGAACAGGAGAGGCGUCACGAGGAAGAGAAGAGGAGGAAGAGGAAGGAGAAGGAGAAGCGCGGCAACUACUGAACGCCUCUCCGCGAUUAUUACUAGUGGGUGUAAUUCGAACCCUGCUUCUGGUGCUGAUAGGACUCCCCAUCCUGACUCGAAAGCCGUACUACACUACCUACCACGCUAUAACGUUGUUCCCCUUGACCAUUGAAUCGUCAUGUCUCGUCAAUUUCAUUAUUCCCUGUCAUACAUAUCCGUCCACCUCAUCCUGUACUUUCGCAUGUCGUGCUACACAUCGCUUCGUCGUUUGUUCAUCCUCCAAGUACUAUUUGCUGAUCUCACCUGUCUCCACACGUAUUACAUGCAUACAUGCGCACCGCAUUGCGCCGAUUCCGAGGCUCCCAACUUCGAUUACAAUUACCACUGUAGACGUUAGGCAUUCAAGCUCAAGGCUUCCAUACAGACAUCAUCGCGCUUGUACUCUAAAUGAUCCUCGUUUUGUGCAAC